AUGCCUUUCUACGCUGCAAAGACCUGCCUCCGCACGGCGGGGAGGUUCGCUGCCAACCCAGCAUCGAGCCAACACUUCCUCGUUCGUGCCUUUUCGAGCACCGUUGCUCGAUUCGAGAUCAACAAGGUCUACCCCUCUGCCAAAGAGGCGAUCAAGGACAUGAAGUCCAACUCGACAGUGCUGGCUGGUGGAUUCGGUCUUUGCGGUAUUCCUGGCACCCUGAUCAAUGAGAUUCACUCUACUCCUUCUAUCACUGGCUUGACUGCUGUCAGCAACAAUGCCGGUAUCGACGGUGCGGGGCUUGGUCUUUUGAUUGCCAGCGGACAGAUCAAGAAGAUGAUUGCCAGUUAUGUUGGAGAAAACAAGUCUCUUGAGCAAAAGUACCUUUCUGGAGAGAUUGAGCUGGAGCUCACUCCUCAGGGUACCCUUGCUGAGCGUUGCCGUUCUGGUGGUGCUGGUAUCCCCGCCUUCUACACCCCAGCUGCUUUUGGCACUGUCGUGCAGACAGGUGACUUGGCUGUGAAGAACAACCCAGAUGGUUCUGUUGCAACCUACGGAACCCCAAGAGACGUCAAGGUUUUCGAUGGCAAGAGCUAUGUUAUGGAAGAGUCCAUCAAGGGAGAUUACGCCCUGGUCAAGGCCUGGAAGGCAGACAAGCUUGGAAACUGCCAGUUCCGAUACUCUGCCGCCAACUUCAACGGUGCCAUGGGCCGUAACGCAAAGAUCACUAUUGUUGAGGCGGAGAACAUCGUUGAGGUCGGCGAGAUUGACCCAGCCGCUGUCCACCUUCCCGGAAUCUACGUCAAGCGUGUCAUCCAGAGCAAAGCCGAGAAGCAAAUCGAGAGACUCACCUUUGCUAAGGAGAAUGAGGAUACCGCUGCACUUGGCAAGGGCGAAACCGCCAGCAAGCGAGAGCGCAUCGUACGCCGCGCGGCUAAGGAAUUCAAGAACGGAAUGUACGCAAACUUGGGUAUCGGUAUGCCCAUGCUUGCUCCCAGCUUCGUUGACCCAUCAGUUGAAGUCCAGCUUCAGUCUGAGAACGGUAUCCUGGGUCUUGGACCUUACCCCAAGGAGGGCCAGCAGGAUGCUGACCUGAUCAACGCGGGCAAGGAGACCGUCACUCUUCUCCCUGGCGCCUCCAUCUUCGGAAGCGAAGAGUCCUUUGGAAUGAUCCGAGCCGGACGCAUUGACUUGACUAUCCUUGGUGCCAUGCAGGUCAGCGCUAAGGGAGAUUUGGCCAACUGGAUGCUUCCAGGUAAGGUCAAGGGCUUUGGAGGAGCCAUGGAUCUCGUCUCCAACCCUACUGCUACUAAAGUCGUCGUCACCAUGGAACAUACCGAUAAGAAGGGCAACCCCAAGAUUCUCAAGCAGUGCGAGUUCCCACUCACUGGCCGAGCUUGUGUCAGCCGAAUCAUCACCGAACUCUGCGUCUUUGAUGUUGACUUUGCCAACGGCCUUACUCUGAUCGAGUUGGCUGAUGGUGUUACCGUUGAGGAGGUCCGCUCCAAAACAGAAGCUCCCUUCAAGAUAGCCGAUGACGUUAAGCCAAUGUUGUAA